CGCUUGUUGAUUUUCUUGUGAUAAAAAUUUUAGUUUAUGUUUUUGUUCUUUCUACUUGCUCAACAACAACAAACAAGAACAAUGACAAAAAAAAAAAAAACAUAUGAUAAACAUUUUAUUCCGAUCUUAGAUAAAACUGAUUUCCGGUUCACCCUUUAUUCAAAUCGCUGGAGCGUAAACGAGAUACUGGCUUGAUCACAAACUUGUUCAUGCCUAAAAUAUUCGAAAUAUCCUUAAUUAUAACUUUCAGUUUUAAUUCUUCGUGUCCUUUACUCUCCAGUCACUGUAACUCCCAGGGGAAAAAAAUGGUUUACAUGAUUUAACCGGUAAGAAAAAUUAGCGUGAUUAGUGCAUAGUGUGAAUUAGAGUGUAAAAAAGUUCAAAUGGUGUGUAACAUAAAGGAAUUGAUUGAUAACAAAGAACUAAAGUCAAGAACACACAUAAUAAAAGGAACAGACAAAAACCAUUACACAAAAGAGGAAAAGUCACACGAAUAUUAGCACGCCAAUGUCUCUCUUCUUCUUUUGCCUUGUAUAUGAAAUAAUUUACUAACUAUAUUAUUAUUUUUAGUUAGGAAACAAGAGUAAUCAUGAUCAUCAUCUUCCCAUGCUUCUAUCAUCAUUCACCCAAUUUUCUCAUCCACCACUACACCGAUCAUUUGCUUUUCUGCUGUUACGAAAAAUCAUUUAAACCUAUACGUUAGAACGGUCAUAUGCUACUUUAAUAGUUAUCAUAUGUUUUUCUGUAUAAAGGUAAAAGAGAACUCUGACUAAUGAAGUGUAAGUGUUUAUAAUGUUUGUCCACAAAACACACAUCCCCACCAAGUCAAACUCUCUUUUCUCUUUACUCUUCUUCACUUCCUCUCUCAACCCUAAGAACUCUUGAUCCUCUCAUGGAUUCAUUCUCCAUAAUCAUCAUCAUUCUCUUCACACUUCUCUUAUCAUUCCACCAUUCUGACUCUCAAUCAGUCCAAUCUACACGUCUUUUAGAUCUCAUGAUCAGAGACUACACCAUUAGAAACUUUAAGCUUAAUCUCAACACAGGCACCAUACAGAAAAUCCAUCUCCCUUCUAAUUUCUCCGGUAUAGAUAUCGACACGGUUAAGUUAAGGUGCGGGAGCUUGAGAAGAUACGGUUCAAGAAUCGGCGAGUUUCACAUCGGCGCUGGCGUCACGGUGGAGCCCUGCCCUGAGAGAGUCAUGCUAGUUAGACAAAACCUCGGUUCGAAUUGGUCUUCAAUCUACUCUACCGGUUAUAACUUAACCGGUUACAAUUACCAGCUCGCAUCACCGGUUCUUGGUUUGUUAGCUUACAACGCUAACCCUGACGGUGUGGCCACGAACCCUUACGAGGUUAACGUCGUUGGUACCGAUCAAAACCCUAUCUUGAUCGAUUUCUUGAAGAUCAAGGCAAGUGAUAACCCUAAGACGACGAAGAAGAACUCAUCAGUCUUGUGUGCGUGUUUCACAAGCAACGGUAGCACAACGUUUAGUGAUCAAGUAUCACCUUAUGUUUGUAAAGGAACAAGACAAGGGCAUUACGCUCUAGUGGUGACGACAGAAGCUAGAGGAAAAGAUGAUGACAGUAGUGGUGGUGGGAUGGUGACGCCAUCGACGGAGGUGGACGGCGGCAGCGGAGGAGGAAAGUUGAGCCGGUGGAAAGUAGCGGUGGGGAGUGUGAUUGGGUCGGGGAUUGGAGCGAUUUUGUUAGGGUUGUUGGUGGUGGCGAUGUUGGUGAAGGGGAAGAAGAAAGCAGAGAGAGAAGAAAUGGAGAGAAGAGCUUAUGAAGAAGAAGCUCUUCAGGUUUCAAUGGUUGGUCAUGUUAGGGCUCCUACUGCUUCUGGAACUAGAACUCUUCCUGUAAUGCCCGAUGAUAGGUAUAAAAACACUCAUUUGAAUCAUCAUCGAUAAAAAGAAAAAUUAAUUUGUUUUCCGAUUUUCCCAAAAUUUUGUGUUAAUUGAGUUUCUUAAUAUAAUUUUUUACAUCUAAUCUAUUAAAACUGGAGUACAAAUAAGAUUUGACCCUGAUUUUUUCUAAAUAAUUACAGCAUAAUGCCACUGAAUUAAUAAAUAUUGAUUUAACAUAAUUAUCUAUUUUUCCUUUUAAGAUAUCAACCGAUUGGAACCUACAAUUAAUUUCUGUUUAAUAUUUUCCAUAUUGUGGUCCAUCGUAUAAUAAUGUACAAUUUUUAAUGUCAUCAUUAUAGCUAAAUGAAGUAUACAUAUAUAUAUAUAUAUAUAUCCACCAUAUCGUUCAUAACCAUCUCCCCCAUAUAUACUGGAUACAUGGUUUUUUACAUAAUAUAGUAACCACAUUAUGAACUAUUUAGGACUUCAUUAAAAUUACAUCAAAAAUCAUAUACUUUAUACAAUACGUUUUAGAAAUUCAUUAUAAAAUCGCUAUUAGUAUCAAAUUUUAGUGUCAUCAGUAUGAUGCACAUAACUAAUACUUUUUUCUUUUUCUUUUCUUUUUUCUUACCAAACAAAAAAUAUACACGAAACACUUAGUGGUCGUAUAUUUAACAUAUUGUGUUUGUAAUUUUUUUUAUAGCAAAUUGUGAAAAAAUGUUCCACAAUAUGCACUCACUAUGACAACAACAUAAAAUAUGGAUAUAAAAUUUUAAACUUAUUUUUCACGUUUUGCUAAAGAUAUCCGGCGUGAUUCACUUGUAUUUAAAUGUUCUUAUUACGAAGAUUUUGGAGAUAGUCCAGUCAAUUUUAAAAUUUUACAAUCGGAAUAUUCUAAGCGAAGUCAACAUCAUAAUUUGCGUAUAUAUUAGGCAUGAUUCAAUCCUAACUAACCUGCCUUAGUGAAAUCAAUUUGUUCUAUCAAAAAGAAUUAUUCCCAUCAAUAACAACCCUACAAUCAAGCACCAUAUUUAACUAUUUAUUAUUUUUAUAUUCUGUUGAUCACGUCUAUAUAUAUAGUAUCUAUCUCCAUCUAAUAGUCACAGAGAAGAAGAAAAAAAAAACUAGAAGGCGACCAACAAAAGUGUUUUUUGAUAGAACAAACCAUGAGUUAUCGAGGAGAAUCUCUUGAAUGCAUAUUUGCAGAAGAAACUGAAUCACGUUAAACUACUUCAUGUCUCAUAUAUAUUAAUUGUUUUGUUUAACACUAUAAGAAGCACCUAACCAUCUGUUAACUAUUUUGUGUAAUAUCUAUAUUAUUAAAAGUGUCUUAUUAAAAUUGAAUUACAAAAUAAAAAAUACCUCUUAGUUUUACCAUUUAUUUACAUUGAAAUGCAAUUAAAAUAUUUAUUGAACUUAUAUUGAAAUAUGCUUGCCUUUUCUUAAUUUAAAUAAUAGAUUUAAACAUUUAAUUUCUUUUCCUAAUUUAAAUAAUAUAUUUUCUUAUUCAAAUCUUAACGAAAAUAGAUUUCUUGAUAGAUUUUGUAUUAAUAUAUUAAAUAUUUAUUAGUAAUAAAUAAUAAAAUAAAAAAUCACACAUCAUAAUCAAUUUAUAUAACAUAUAAAUAAAAUAAAAAUAAUUUAUUCAUAUAUAUUAUUAGUAUAAUGCUUUCAUAAUAUAAGUCCAAUUGUUAUAAAUAUUGGAUUUGUUUAUAUGUUACACUGUGAUAUAAUAGACGAUUAAAAUCAUAAAAUAUAAUUACUGAAAGUAAUAAAUAAAAUUGUUAUGUUUUUAAAAUGUUAUAUUAACAAUUAUGUAAUACAUUUUAAUUUACAAAUAUAAAUAUAUAUAUAUAUAUAUAUAUAUAUAUAUAU